AUGGCUGGAAGUCGCAUGAUCGGUAUUUUCAUCAUCUUACUCCUCACGCUUUCUUCGUCUGAUGGAUUAGGAAUUGAUUCCAUCAGUGUAGACGAAAAUACCCCAACAUACAUCAGCGUGUCGUGGUCAACAGAUGCAGGGUCAUCUUGGAACCAUUACAUGGUCGACAUAGUCGCCCCUUCUGGUCAUAGCUUGACCGGAUAUCCGAUAAACACAACCGAUACGUCGUAUCAGAUAACCGGACUCAGACCUGAAGUGGAGUACACGAUUACCGUUAUACCAUGGAGUGGUAGCGGCGCCGGUGAUGCGUUGAAUACUACUGUUUCCACAGAGGCCAUUGCUGAAGGGGAGAUAUUAGUCUAUGAUGUGACAUCUUCGUCGGCUCAUAUCCAAUGGAGAGCCGUUGAAGGAGUACUCUUCUAUAGAAUCGUAACUGAACCGAGUGAUGCCAUCGGGUCUUUAGGGGGUAUCUUUGAAGAAGAAGUCGGGCUGACCAUCCUCCUUCCGGGCACAGUGUUCAAUUUGACCGUUCAAAAUGGCCAAUCGUUUUUGAACUUAGCGUCAACGCAAAUAAGAAGCGCACCCGAAGGUCCAGUCAAUGUUACUCUGGAUCAAAUCGGCAGUACGGAAGCAACUAUCUCCUGGACCCCGCCCACGACACCACGUGACGCAUACGAGGUAUACGUCAUUAAAAACUCAACCAAUGAACGUUUACUCGCUGCCACUAUUCGACCAGAAGAUGUCAACGAGUGUACAGUAAACGGCUUAUCACGUGAUUGGGUAUACAGAUUCGAAGUUGGAACCCUCCUAGAUGCAAGUAAUUCGUUUGCAUUGCAGAGAAGUGAUAUGAACAGCAAUCCUUCGGUGCUUGGAAGAACUGCACCAAAAAGUCCAGUCAAUGUUACUCUGGAUCAAAUCGGCAGUACGGAAGCAACAAUCUCCUGGACCCCGCCCACGACACCACGUGACGCAUACGAGGUAUACGUCAUUAAAAACUCAACCAAUGAACGUUUACUCGCUGCCACUAUUCGACCAGAAGAUGUUAUUGAGUGUACAGUAAACGGCUUAUCACGUGAUUUGGUAUACAGAUUCGAAGUUGGAACCCUCCUAGAUGCAAGUAAUUCGUUUGCAUUGCAGAGAAGUGAUAUGAACAGCAAUCCUUCGGUCCUUGGAAGAACUGAAGCCAUUGCCGACGGUGAGAUAUUGGUUUCCAACGUUACAACGUCAUCGGCUUUUAUCCAGUGGAAACCAAGGGAUGGGCUUUCAUCUUAUACAAUCGUAGCGGUACCACAGAGUGCCAUCGAGCCAUUGGCAGACUUAGUGGAAUCUUCUACAAAGCUGGCCAUAUUGUUGUCGGGGACGGUUUUUACUGUGACAGUACGAGGCGGGAAUCCAGUCACGGACCUGGUAUCGACACAAAUAAGAAGCGGUGAAUAG